AUGAAUUCAAUUACUAUAUUCUCAAUCGCCUUCUUGGCUUCUAUUAUCUCGUCCGCUCCAUUCGGAGCCCCGCCACCGCAUUUGCCUCCGGGCUUCGACGAGUUAUUACCUAAUGAAGCUAAGGACAGACUCAUGGAGUUGCAUCUCAACAAAGCCUUGAGCUUUGAAGAACGCCGUGAAGCCAUCGAAGAGGUGUUUGACCAGCUACCCUUAGAGGUGUUGGCCAAACUCCCACUUCCACCAGGACUCGAAAGACUUCCAGCUGAACACAAACAAAAGUUCAGAGAACUUCAGAUGGACCGCACGAUGACCGCUGCUGACCGUCACAACAAGGUCAAACAGAUGGUGGAAGAACUACCAACCGAACUCCAGAAGGUCGUCAACCCACCCACAACUCCUCCAAUGAUCCGUGGCUUCCCAUCUCGACCUCCACCAGGCUUUGAAGCCAUCGUCGGACCAUCAGUCUUCAAACAAUUGGUCAAAGUCCACGAGAACGCUGACCUCACCGUUCCUCAAAAGAAGAACAUGAUUGACCUUAUCAUGCGUCAAGUGCCACGUGCUCAACUCGACAAACUCCCAUUGCCUCCAGGAUUCGACCAACUCCCAUACGAAUCGGUUCAAAGAGUCCGAUCGAUCUUCACCAACUUCGAGAUCAACUGGGACGAGCGACACCGACUGGUAAUGGAUUUUGUUCAACAGCUGCCACGUGAACAGCGCCGUCUGCUCCGUCCUACACCUCCACCCUUCGUGAUGGAGUUGCCUUCAGAAGUCCGUGACCAGAUUGAAGACAUCUUCGACGACGUUUCCUUGAGUCCUCAAGAAAGAUUCCACAAGAUGCGGCUGAUCUUCCAGUCGUUACCAGCUGAACUCAGAGCCAAGCUGCCACCAAUGCCAGUCAACAUGCCUCCACCACCACCCAUGAUGAAGUCAUUGUAA